AUGUGCGUUAGAGGGAGUUCUUCUUGCUUAGCUAUUGGAUACACUGAGGACAGCUGUAUUUUGUGGAAAUACGUGAUGAUCGAGGAAGAUUCGCCAAUGACUGAAAACUUCUAUUUGAAGGAUACUUCCAACAGGUUUGACAACACUACUUGCGUAGAAAAGUCUGCGAUAAACUAUAUAGUGAAGCAGCAGGCUGCAAACUGUUCUCAUCCUCAUAUAAGUCCAUCAGAGAUUCCCGCUUGUUAUUUCGAAGAAAAUACAAUACUAGUUUUGAGCAUUUUCUUGGACUUACCGAACAAGGUACAUGGAAAGACGUUUCACCGACUUCGUUUACGAACGGUUCGUUCAAAUGCCCAGUGGCAACUACUAAGUUUGGCUGGAAGAGCCGCACGAAUACUCAACGCUAUGGGAUUUGCAAAA